AUGGGCUUCCUCAAGCGCAUGCGACAGAAAGUCAGGGGCUCGGGGAAGGCCAAGAAAGACGCGCCCACCGAUGUGUAUCAGCAAGAAUUCCAGCUGCAGUAUCGGCUUAACCGGCAGACUCAAGAUUGCACAAAGAACCUCCCUCUGAAAGUGUUCUACAACAUCUUUACAUAUGUCUGCCCCCAUUCGGCCGACGAUUCUCUGACGCCGCUGGAAGAAUCGAUAGCUGGCGAUGGCUGCAUGCUAUGUGAUAUGCGCAAUCUUGCCCAGUGCGCACUUGUCUGCCGCAGAUGGUACGGGGUCGCUCAAGAUUUAUUAUACCGCCAUGUCCGUAUCGAUGCAGUGCAUUACUGCGAGCUCGAGGUCAUAUUGGCGGCAAAACGAAAGAAAUCCUCGUGGCUAAAUAACAACGCAUUGCCGCUAGACGCACCUAGAACCCGUUUUCUACUAUUUAUGCGAACAGUGAGGGAGUCCAAGGACCUGGGACAACAAGUGCUCUCGCUACGCAUGCCAUAUAUGACACGAGAAUCUAGCAAAAGCGAGCUGGCACGGACGGUUUCUAUUCUUCCUAACUUACGCUAUGUCGACCUGCCGGCCGGGUUUUUCACCGAUGACGCCUCAUGCCUUACUCUUAAACUAGAAUUAAUGACCAGCUGCAGCGAUCUUCGCCGUAUGAAAUACGCCCAUGGAUCAGAAGCCAGCUUUGCGAAAAUACCGCAGAAGCAGCCAUGGGCUAACGUCGAGGUGCUGGAGCUAUCUAAGCUUUGCCUUGAACCAAACUUACUGCGUCUGGCACUCAGUCACUUCCCACAAUUACAAGACUUGAAGUUGAACGAUUUAGGAUGGCUGGAUAAUUCUAUUUCUGCAAUCCCAGCUUCGUCACCUGGCCUCCCACCUCUACAACGGCUUACAUUACAAGAUACCCCUCAGGUCACUGCCAAGGGCCUGGUAACAUACCUCUCUUUUCCUCAGAAUCGCGAUGCUUUGAAGCAUCUUUCUCUUGUGAACACGGGAGUUUCCCCGCAGGAACUACACGAAAUUCUUGAACACGCUACCUCUCUCGAAACACUGUCCAUCAUCCACAAAGUCACCAGCCCUUUCCCUUCUGGCAAUAUUCCCCCUCUACGCUCUAAAUCCCUACGCCUCCUCCACUACGAAAUCACCUCUGAGGCUUAUGCCUACGGUGUGCCUUCUGUAUCUUCUUCAUACUAUGCCUAUCUCAGGUCUUCGCUGCUCACCGGCAAACUCACGGCCUUAAAAGAACUCUACGUCCGCGACGCCAAUUUCUCCGAGACGCUCAUGGCCUCCGCGCCGCCAAAACAGCUUGGCGGCGGUGAAAAUGCACUUAAGCCCAGCGGACCUGGCCUUAACCAGAUUCUGUCCGUCUAUAGCAAAGGCGUAGACGAGACGGAGUGGAAUUUUUCGACAUACGAGCGGUUUUGUGGGUCCGAGCGGCGCACAAGCAUGCUGCAGCCCAUGAGCUGCCACGGGGCGCAGCUGGGCCCUACAUGGAGUGGAAAUGCUCGCGAGAGUGUGCUUCUGACGAAUGGGUGUGGUGGGUUUCUGGCGGUGCCGUCGGAAGAACGGCCGGUAAUACACAGCGGCGAGUGGCCGAAUGCGGGUGCAAAGCGGGAUUUAUGGCGUUAG